UCCGUGUCUUCUGGUGUUCCCUAAGCCUCUGUCAUGUGAUGCUAAAGAAGCUGGAACUGGGCGGGGUGCUUCGCUGUCCCGGCCAGGGAUCAUCACAAAACGGAGCCGGGAAGCUCUGCUGAGCCAGAAGCCCACCUGCGACGCUGCCUUCUCCAGCCGCCGUCGCCGACCUCUGCGCUCUGCGCUCUGCCGAGGCUGCGCGGCGGCCAAGCGCUCCGGACGCAGCUGCCUGGCACUUCCAAGCAGCUCCUUCUUUCCUCGAGGGGAUCCCGCGGGCCAAGCACUCGCCACCAAUCCGCUCCCCACGGCAGAAACUCCAGCCACAAGACACCCUUGCCAGCAGUGGAUCCCCUAAAUCCAGGUGGCCGCGAGUGACUUCUCCGCCUCCUUCGCGGGAACGUGCAGGGGCCGCUUUCGCCCUGCGAGGACCGUGCGGUGCGCCGAGCGGCUUCUUCGACGGGCCCCGGCAGCUCUGCUUCGAGCGGUUCCUGGGCGGAGCGAGGCGCAGCUCGCCGGGCAUUGAGUUCUGUCGUGGGACUGACCUCCCCACUAUGGGCUGAAGCUCUUCGCAGAGUAGUGAGACAUGGCGAGGGGGGAAGUUCAGAAAAAGACCUGUGCCAAAGAAGUUGCCGGAUUCUGUCCCGCCGGCGGUAGCGAGACGGUUGAGGAUGCGGUUCGAAAGCACCUUGAUUUGGGAGCAGUGAACCCGCUUUGUAUGUAGCAUUGCAGAGCCAGUCCUAGAGGGAAAGAACGGGAAAAGAGGGGAGAGAUACGGAUUAAAGGGGGUGGGCUCGCAAUAUGUAUUCUCCGCCCGGGAUCGCAGAUCUGCAGGGAAGGACGUGCCGGGAAGGCUGGACGUACCAUUGCCGCCUGCACACCAGUGAUGCCGUGAGAGGAGAAGCGCUCCUUCGCGGUCGGGGAAAGAUCUGAGUGUGCGGGUUCUUCUUCUCCAGGCGUCUCAGCCAGGGGCGGGCCAGUGCCAUGCCUCGCCCGGGCAAGAGCUCCUACAGCGACCAGAAGCCCCCUUACUCGUACAUCUCCCUGACGGCCAUGGCCAUCCAGCACUCGGCCGAGAAGAUGCUCCCUCUGAGCGACAUCUACAAGUUCAUCAUGGAGCGCUUCCCUUACUACCGCGAGCACACGCAGCGCUGGCAGAACUCGCUGCGCCACAACCUCUCCUUCAACGACUGCUUCAUCAAGAUCCCGCGCCGGCCGGACCAGCCGGGCAAGGGCAGCUUCUGGGCGCUGCACCCGGACUGCGGGGACAUGUUCGAGAACGGCAGCUUCCUCCGGCGCAGGAAGCGCUUCAAGGUGCCGCGGCCGGAGCCCCACAUGCCGGCGGCGGGCAAGGCAGGGGGCGUCCUGCACCCGCACCUCAGCCACUAUUUCCACCCGCACCACCCGCACCAGCCGCCUCCUCUUCCUCCUCCUCCUCCUUCUUUGCAGCCUCCAGGAGCCGCCAAAGGCCACCCAGACUCCAGCAUGGCUGCUGCGGCUGCAGCUGCAGCGGCGGCGGCGGCUGUGGGGAGGCUGCCCCAGUUCCAGCCCUACAGCUCCUCGCCGGGCUUCAAGCACCCCUUCGCCAUAGAGAACCUCAUCGGGCGAGACUACAAGGGCGUGAUCCAGGGCGGCGGGCUGCCCCUGGCCUCGGUCAUGCACCACCUGGGCUACCCAGUGGCCAGCCAGCAGAUCAGCACCAUGGUCAGCUCCGUGUGGCCCCACGUGGGCGUGAUGGAGGGCGGCGGCGGCGGCGGCUUGCCCCUCUCCCCCGCCGAGUACGGACCCUUCGGCGUGCCCAUGAAGGCCCUCUGCCACCCGCCCGCGCAGACGCUGCCGGCCAUCCCGGUGCCCAUCAAGCCCACCCCGGCCAUCUCCUCGGCCACCGCCAUUCCCGCCCUGGCCGUGAGCCAGGUGGCCCAACAGCUCUGCCCGUCCGCUUCGCCCAGCUCCUCCUCUUCCCUUCUCGAACAGACUCCCACAAACUCCUCGGAAGGCAAAAGUUCCUGACAUUCCGCCUCGCCCAUUCCUCAGAGAGGGGCGCCUACAAGAGCGGGGGCGGCAUUGCUUUUCCCUUCGCCUUCUAGGAAACACAGAUAUUAAGGGCGAAAGCCCGGCCACAGCGGAGGGUUUGGGAAGAUCGUUGCUCUGUUCUUAUUCUUAUCCUCGUUGUCAUCUCCAUUCUUUCAAGCUCUGUAUUUUAAUUGUUGUACAAUCAGUUUGUCGAGAGCCAGGUAAGGUAAGGGUCCCUGUGUUAACUGUUAAACCAUUUUUAAAAAUCAGAUUGCUGGGGAUCAUUUAGCAAGUAUGUUGAUCGUCAAACUCUCAAAGCUGCAUCCAGGCUUGAAAUGCUACACAAAACGACACCCUCCCUGAAAAGAAAGAAAGAAACCCUUUACGAUCGGGGCCUAAAACCAAGGUCCUUAACACACUUCCUUGAAAGUAAGCGCCACUGGAGUCACGGAAAUAAAAAAAUAUCUUCCAGGUAUCAGGAUGUAACGUUUUCAAAGCGAAGCCGAUUCCUUAAAGGAAGUUCCUUGGAAGGUCUAAUCAGCCCAGACAUAAUUUCAGGUUGUGUUUAGAAAAGAGGUGCCGAAUUAUUUUCUUGUGUGGUCUGGUGGCCGUGCUACUGGCUCCAGUGAGACUUAUUUUAACGUAAACGUAUUGUAGAAUAGGAUGUUGCGGAGGGGAGUCUAGCUGGUAUUAUUUCAGGAAGUUAUGCCUAAAAAGUAUUUUAAGCAUGACCAUCAAUCUGUGCAAUCGGAGGCUUGAAAAAUAAAUAGGAACGUCGCCAUGGUCUUCAUUAGGGCUCCUUCCGCGAGAUAGGCCGUGGCAUCUUUUACUGGAACUUCCUUUUGCUAGCUUUAGAGUUACCAAGAACUCUUCAUCGCCCAGGUCUGCACUGCCUAUGCCAAGCUACUAAUAAUAGAUCCAGCCCCAGUGGCAAGUCGAGAUGGAGGAGCACAGGUAACUUUGAGAAGUGAGCCAAUAUAAAAUUUAGGAAUAGGGUUAACUAGGAGAUCGCCUGGAAUCAUUUGCUCACUCUUUGGUGAACUAAUCUUUCGGAAACCUGGUUCAAACUGAAAUGUGUACUAUGGAUUGAGAAAAUUCCUGCAUGGGUGUAUUGGUAACCCUCUCAGAUUCGCACCGAAUCUGCAACCUCCCCACCCCCCGCCCAAAAAUGUGACCAAAUAUAUACAGUAUUAACGCUGACAUCAGCAACCAGCAACAGAUUAAAACCCUAAACUUUAAAGGAGAAAUGAGCGGGGAUUAAAAGUGGAAAUGGGUUUUGAAACCUAAGAACUGUCUGAUAGUCUAUUUCGGUUUGAAAAAAUGUGUCGAACGAUGACAUAUAGAGACAAUUUUUUCGAGUGGAAAUUUCACAUAGCGUUCUUUAGUGAAGUUUACGCGUUUGGUGUAAAAUUGUUGUGUAAACGUGCAAGACCUGUCUCAUCAUUACUCUGUUCCGAAAGCAUUUUUUAAAAAAUCCUCUUUCUUGUAAGUAUGCUUAUUACAACACCUUUAUUAUCCCUACUGGUAUACAUACAUACAUACAUACAUACAUACAUACAUGGCUGCUUU